UUCUGAAGGUUUGUGGCUUGUUUUAGAUUUAGACAUGAGGCCAACCACAACCUAUAACUAUAAAUAAACAAGCCAUGCAGUAUAUUAACAAAGCAGUCUAAACUUUUAAAACUAGAUGUUUUUUUUAUUUAUGACUCAUUUGAUGAUUUAUUUAAAGAAUAUUUGACCCCACACCACCAAUAUAGUCCUGUUUGAUUAUUUGCUUAAAUAUUGCUUAAAUUUGGGAAAAUAAAAUACAGAGAUGUAUCAGGAAACAGGAGGUUGGAGUUUCUGAAACGUAAGAGCUAACAGGAACUAAAAAAAGAAGAAGAAAAAAACAAUACCCACUCAAAGUCGUGCAAUUAGUGAGUGAGAACCAGCCAUGAGGGACCAUUUAUAUCUUUUCUUCUUUAUGAUUCAAUUUAGUACUGGCUGUUUUCUUUCAAAUGAGCGUCAGACAAUAGAAAUAACAGCUUACACAGGUGGUUCAGUGGUGCUGCCCUGCUCCUGCGCUCAUCCUCAGUCUACAGCCAAGACAUUCACAUGGCAGUUUAAACACAGUAGAGAACGAUGGAUUCAAGUAUUAGAGGAUGAGAAGUACAGCGGCAGACGUGUGCUGUUUAAUCAAAGUUCUCCACAAAAUCUGUCUCUUCUCAUUUCUGGUCUCAGAAUGGAGAAUCAAGGGGUUUAUAAGUGUAAGACUGAACAAUAUACAUCCAUUCAUUUAACAGUGAAGGGCUGUGAUUUGGUUCAGAACACAGAGGCAACGAUCGCGGUGACUGGAUAUGCAGGAGGGUCUGUGGUUCUGCCCUGCUCAUGCUCUGAACUACUGACUAAACCUGAACAGAUACAAUGGAUGUAUUUUGUAGAAAACACUUUUAAGGAAAUUUACCCAAAUGAAACGUCUGAGAAGCACAAGAACAGAGUCAAACUGUUAAAUCAAACAUCUCCAGGAAAUCUCUCUCUACACAUAUCAGCACUGACCGCAGAGGACGAAGGAGACUAUUAUUGUUCUGUCUUGUCUCAAAUAGUCUACUCCAGACUUCAAACAGUCUCCUACAGACUUCGUGUUGAAGUUACUCUCGGGACAGAGAAACCACACAUCCAUACAUCCAUCAGUUUAUCAACACAUCAACCUUCACACCAAACACAAGAACUUCCACCACCUCAACAACCACACCACACACCUCAAUAUGUUUUCAUUUUGUUGGGGGUGAUUCUCUCAGUACUGUUACUGGCAUUACUGGCAUUUAUCUACUGGAGAUGCAGAGGAGGCAGAAAUGUGAAAAAGGUGACCAGGGAUGAAGAUGAACUAAAUAGAGAACAAGACGUUAUGGAUGACGUGACGUAUUCUGCUGUAGUCCAUGUUAAAACUGCAGCCACACCAGCUCACACAGAGAGUAACCCAGCUGAUCACACCGAGUACACCCCAAUAAACUUAAAUGCUAAUCGUCAAGAAAGAAUAUAGUCAAUUUAAUGGUGAGCCUUUUAAAGAGAUUGAAACAACCAUGUACAUUUUAUUAUUGAGGGAUUUGUGUAACCUCAGAUUGAGAAGAAAACCUGUUUAUUGUUUGGAGGUUCUUUCAGAAUUUAUUUUAAAUCAGGACUAGAGAAUUAAGGAGUUGCAUGUUUCUAGUUUCAGAAAGCUGAGCACUAAUAGAGGAAAAAAGAAAUGAGUCACACCGUGUGCAUGCACUUUCACCAAAUGAGAUCAUUUGGUGAAAGUGCAUGCACACGGUGUGACUCAUUUCUCACAAACCAUAGUGUCGGAUUUAGCAGUUGACAUAUUUAAUGUUUAUUGAUCUCAUAGUGAACAAUUCAUCCAUAUGUUUCAUAUUUUAAAACUUCACUUUUUUUUCUAAAAUGUAAAUUCAAUUUUUUUUUAACUUUGUCCUAACUUCUAAUGAAAACAGUAGACUUCUCUCUGAUAAGAACUUCUCGAGUCAUUUUGUCCUCAUAAACCCCUCUUUUCGUACAAUCGACUGCAAGCUCGCAUCCAGAUCCGCCUCCAUCCGAUCAACAACCAAUGGAUAGAACCAUGUCCCCUCCAUCCAUUUUUUUUUUUUUUUUUUUUUUACUUUUCCAUUAAUUCGUUUCACUCUUUCAUAAGAUGAAUAAGUGACUUGUUUACCAAUUCAGCCUCAUUGUUUGGAUUUUUCAUUUUUCAGUUGUACUCUUAAAUGUAUUAUUAGUAUGGUAUUAUUACUGAUAUGUUAUUAUUGACAGAAACAGAGUUAUUGCCCAAGGGGGAAAAAAAGUAUAUUACAAUGGAAAUAAUAAUAAUAAUAAUAAUAAUAAUAAUACACUAUUUAUUAUAAAUGGAAAAUUAUUUAAUAAAAAUGACUAAUUUUGUUCUUUAAUCAAGUCACUUAUAUUUGUCAUACCUCUCCACCACACAUAAAAUAACUAACCCUUAAAGGGCAUAUUGCAGGUUAGAGCAUCAGUGAUUCAAUGUAUAGAAAAAUAAUGUAGGAACUAGAUUUUCUUUCAAAUACACGUAUAAAUACGCUACUUGGGCUUCUGGGGCCGGUUGCACCAGCUGGACGUAAAAAAGUUGGGUGUAAGCUCUAUGCUGGACUUAGUUAUGUCCAGCUUUCCGAUUAAUAUUCACACCUGUUGCACCAUCUAAAACUACGACUAGACUAUGCGCGUACACGCUGGCAUGUUCUACAGCACUGUUAGUUGAGAUCAAUUUCAAAAUGGAUGUAAAACAAUUCAAGGCAAUGAAUUCAUGCAGUUUUAAAGUACAUAUAUAAAGUAUAGAUUACCAGAAAAUGGGCUAGUCGACCGUUAUAACCGUGAAUAAUUUAAACGGCAGCAUACGUUACAAUCAGAUUAAAACGCUAAAAACUGGUGUAAUUUAAUUUUAGUUAAUAAAUUCAUUACCAUUUUCAUCUGUUAUACUAAUUUUAACAGAAAAUUCAGAAAUUACUAUUUAAAAAAAGCUUUAAUUUAAAAAGCUUACCUGUUUGGAGCAGAACUGGGCGGUGCAGUCGAAUCCGGAACGACAGCUCAUUAGCGAUGCAGUUCCAGCAGUCUCAUUGGUUAGAAUUAAUCACGUGAUGACGCCAUCUCGCGUAUUACUAAUAAUAUAUAUAUUUUUUUUUUUUUUUUUUUUUGCCAUUUCAGAAAUAUAUAAAAAUAUCAAAUUCAUCAGUGAUGUAUUUAUUAUGUGUAUAUAAUUUAUAUAUUUUGCUAUUUUUGUCUUUUUCUUUUAAUAACUCGAGUUCGAAAUAAAAUGACUACUACUAUUACAUAUAUAUAUAUAUAUAUAUAUAUAUAUAUAUACACACACACACACAUAACUGAUGAAUACCAAUGAUAAUAGUGAACAAAUCCAUCAUUGAUCAACCAUUUACAUUGUUUUAUUGUGACAAAUAAGUUAAUUUUAAUAAAUAUGGUAACACUUUCUAUUAAGUCUAUGCUUAUAAUGAAUUUUAGCUCCAUUUAUACUUAUUUAUGAGUAGACUAAGUAUUCUAUAACUAUAUUAUAAACUAUACUAUAAUACUAUAAAGACUCAUUAAGACUGCAUUAAAAGAACAGUUAUAGUUACAUUUAUAUUAUUUUUAUAAUUACUUUUAAGUCAUGCAUUUGCUUUUUCAAUGCGCAUGCUCAUAAUCCAUUACACUGAUUUCUAAGUAUUAAUUAGUCAGUCGAUUCCAUGAAUGUAUUUAUAAAGAUGCAACCUGCAUCGUUAUUAAUGUUAUAUUACAAUGACAUUUUAGUAAUUCAGAUUUAUUUCUGUCAAAUAAGUGAAUAUAUUGUUAUUAAUACCAGUGUUGUGUUUUUAUAAAUACAUAUUGUGAGUGAUAAUAGCUACUAACCUCUAUAAAUGCAUUGUUGAAGGCUUUAAGUAAAGUCAAAACAUAGGAUGCAAUUUUCCUAAAGUAAAUGUUAAGUAAUCAUGAGGUUGUGUAUCAUUAUAUAUUUUAAGUUGUUUUGCAAAUGUAACUAAUGAACAAUAAUUCCAAUAAAAAAAUUUAAAAAAAAAAAAAAAAAGUCUUUUUAAUGUUACAUACUAGCAAAACACUGCAACAAUAUUUUUUAAAGGAACAGGGGAACAGCUGCUACAAGCAAACAGGCAAAGACAGUACUUGUCUUGCUAUCUUCUUGACUGUGUGCAGUUUUAGUUAAGUAUGGUGUGGGCUGUUGAAUGUAAUGACAUUUAUGACAUUUUACUGAAUCGUUAAAAAAUAGUUUGAUUAACACUGAGCCUUGAGCGUCUAAUCUUAAAACAAUGAUUUAUGUGCUGUUAACAUGGUGGGCUGCCCACAGGAAACCCUCAUGUUGGCCCCACAGUGAAAAACUUCUGUGGGCCCUGUAUGAGAUAACCCACCGGGGGGCCCAUGUGGGUUUUCUGUGGGCAAACCCACAGUGGGUUGCACAGAGUAAACCCUCAUGGGGGCCCAAAUGGGCAAAACUGCUAUGGGUCCCGCAUGGGCUAACCCACUGGGGACCCGUGUGGGUCUUCUGUGGGCAAACCCACAGUGGGCUUGCCCACAGAAAGCCCAUAUGGGGCCCCAAAGGGUUUGCCCUUGCCCACACUGUCCCACAGAAAACCCACACUUACCCACAGUGGGCCCACACUGGCAUGUUUGCUGGGGGAGUAACGUUAUUGAUUGCUAGUAACAUAAACUUUGAUCAGGCGUAUAUCACACUCGUUAAUAUCCAUCCAUACUAACGUUAUGUGCUAUAUUUCUCAUCACGACUGAUUUGGUAGUUAGCAAAUGUAAAAAAACAAAACAAAAAAACAAACACAAGACUUAACGGUGCACAAUUGACGUUUUUAUCGAGCUGCAUCUCUAACGGAUCCGUGAUCAUGUCUCCCACCGGCGGACGAACAUAAGUAGUGUCAAGUCAAGUCAAGUCACCUUUAUUUAUAUAGCGCUUUUUACAAUGUAGAUUGUGUCAAAGCAGCUUUACAUUGAUAACUGGUACAUUGUUUGACUGCACAGCAGCUCUUAAAGAAUAGUGUCAAUGCAGGCAGAUCAAAAGCACUGUUGAAUAUCAAAAUGUCAAGUCAAGUGUCCCCAACUAAGCAAGCCAGAGGCGACAGCGGCAAGGAACCCAAACUCCAUCAGGUGACAUCAGGUGGCAGACAAGUGGCAAAUUGGUGUUAAAAUGGAGAAAAAAACCUUGGGAGAAACCAGGCUUAGUCGGGGUGCCAGUUCUCCUCUGGCCAACAGUGCUUUGUUACAAUUCAGGUUGCUAUCAUAAGUCCAAUAGGAUCGCAACAUUAAAAGUAUUUAUUUCAGUUCCAUCCAAUUGAGGAUCGUAUUCAUCACGCCGGUAUGGACGGUUGUUGAGGAACUGUGUCGUGGCUGUCGUGUCGAUGAGGCCUUCACAGGGGAUGAUCUAGUUGACUCAAUCUCUGCUGAUACUUCAGGGCUGCGUUGUGGUCGUGUCAAGGUGCAGGUCCUUGGUCUCACCUGGAUACGGCCCGGAUCCGGUUGACUACGGUGAACCUCGGGAUAAACAGAAAGACUAAUAUUAGCGUAGAUGCCAUUCUUCUUCUGAUGUAACGAGUACAUCAGGUGUUAUAGGAAGUGUUCCCGGUUCCGGCUGACCUAAUUUAUGCAGCCUAAUAAUCCUUUAACGGAUUUGGAAAUAUAAAUUGGUAAUGUGUUAUGUGUAUGCCAGGUUAAAGAGAUGCGUUUUUAGUCUAGAUUUAAACUGACAGAGUGUGUCUGCUUCCCGAACAAUGCUAGGAAGAUUGUUCCAGAGUUUAGGUGCCAAAUAGGAGAAGGAUCUACCACCUGCAGUUGAUUUUGAUAUUCUAGGUAUUAUCAGCUGGCCUGAAUUCUGAGAUCGCAAUAGACGUGAAGGACUAUAAUGAAUUAGGAGCUCGCUCAGGUACUGGGGAGCUAAACCAUUUAGUGCUUUGUAAGUAAUUAGCAAGAUUUUAAAAUCUAUACGAUGUUUAACAGGAAGCCAAUGCAGUGUUGACAGAACUGGGCUAAUAUGGUCAUACUUCCUGGUUCUAGUAAGAACUCUAGCUGCUGCAUUUUGUACGAGCUGUAGUUUAUUUAUCAGGCGAGCAGAACAACCACCCAGUAGAGCGUUACAGUAAUCUAGCCUUGAGGUCAUGAACGCAUGAACUAACUGUUCUGCAUUUUUCAUUGAGAGCAUAUGUCGUAGUUUAGAUAUAUUUUUAAGAUGGAAGAAUGCGGUUUUACAGAUGCUAGUAACAUGGCCUUCAAAUGAAAGAUUGGUAUCAAAGAGCACACCUAGGUUCCUAACUGACGACGAAGACUUAACAGAGCAGCCAUCAAGUGUUAGACAAUAUUCUAGGUUAUUACGUGAAGAAGUUUUUGGUCCAAAAAUUAGAAUCUCUGUUUUUUCUGAAUUUAGUAGUAGGAAAUUACUGGUCAUCCAAUUUUUUUAUAUCAGCUAUGCACUCCGUUAAUUUUGUGAAUUGGUAAGUUUCGUCAGGGCGCGAAGAAAUAUAGAGCUGAGUAUCAUCAGCGUAACAGUGAAAACUAACGCCAUGCUUCCUAAUGAUAUCUCCCAAGGGUAGCAUGUACAGAGUGAACAGUAACGGUCCUAGUACUGAGCCUUGUGGUACUCCAUAUUGAACUUGUGAUCGAUAUGACAUGUCUUCGUUUUCUACUACAAACUGAUAACGGUCAGAUAAGUAUGAUUUGAACCAUGACAAUGCAAUUCCACUAAUGCCAACAUAAUUUUCGAGUCUAUUUAAAAGAAUAUUGUGAUCAAUAGUGUCAAAUGCUGCACUAAGAUCCAGUAACACUAAUAGAGAGAUACAACCACGAUCUGAUGAUAAGAGCAAAUCAUUAGUAACUCUAAUGAGAGCAGUCUCAGUACUAUGGUACGGUCUAAAUCCUGACUGGAAAUCCUCACAGAUACCAUUUCUUUCUAAAAAGGAACAUAGCUGUGAUGAUACUGCCUUUUCUAGUAUUUUUGACAGAAAAGUGAGAUUUGAGAUCGGC